AUGCUGAGAUGGUUAAUUACAUCCCAAAGUACUUUAAUCACAGAAUCUGCCAGGUGUAUCUUGAAAGCCAGCAGCAUCAGUAGGCUGUGUCAUGGAUUUUUGAAUUGUCAUUUCUUAGAUGGUGUUUGUAUCUUCGCUCUGAUGGCUUCAAAUGUGGAAGAGGAAUUCUAAAGGUGUGGAGAAUACACUGGGAAUAGGAGUGUGGGAAGACAAGCCAGCAGGGGAGUCUGUGCUGCUGUCCAUCUGCAAGUGAUCAGAACAAAUUUUGGGGAAAAAAUGGAAAAGAAGGCACCUAGCAAUGAGACUGAGCCACUGACUUCCAAGAAAGAUGUCUCAGACUGUAAUGAAGAAGACUGUAAAGAGAAUAGACUUCUGGUCAGGAACCCUAAAUCUGCCCUACGGCUAGUGGAGGAUGGCAAUAAAGUCCAUCCCAGCCAAGGAGAUAAAGGGGAGGCAGCUCAGAUCUCAAAUGGUUAUUCAGGGGGUCAGAGCUCUGUUCCCUGCAAUGGAAUGGGAGAGGCAGAAGAUGCUCAGUGCACUGCCCCAGCAGCCACAACCACCACUACCACCACCACUUCCACCACCUGUGGAGCAGAAGGCCAGCAGCAGCUGAUGGAGCUAGAAGACAGAGAGACCUGGAGUAAAAAAAUUGACUUUCUGCUCUCUGUCAUUGGCUAUGCAGUGGAUCUGGGAAACGUCUGGAGAUUUCCUUACAUCUGCUACCAAAACGGAGGAGGAGCAUUCCUCAUUCCUUACAUAAUCAUGGCCAUCUUUGGAGGGAUUCCUCUCUUCUAUAUGGAGCUAGCACUAGGGCAGUACCACAGGAAUGGCUGUAUUUCCAUUUGGAGGAAAAUAUGUCCUAUAUUCAAAGGAAUUGGCUUUGCCAUCUGUAUAAUAGAUCUUUAUGUAGCUUCCUACUACAACACCAUUAUGGCUUGGGCCUUUUACUACCUCGUAUCCUCCUUCACGGCGGAGCUGCCAUGGACUAGCUGCAGAAAUUCUUGGAACACAGGCAACUGCACUAACUACUUCAGCAAGGACAAUGUCAGCUGGUCCCUGCACUCCAUCUCUCCUGCAGAAGAAUUUUAUACCCGCCAAGUUCUGCAAGUGCACAGGUCCAAUGGGCUGGAUGAUCUGGGGGGCAUUAGCUGGCAACUGACCCUCUGCUUAUUGCUAAUCUUCACCAUAGUGUACUUCAGCAUCUGGAAAGGGGUCAAAACAUCUGGCAAGGUGGUAUGGGUGACUGCCACAUUCCCUUACAUCAUCCUAUUUAUCCUGCUAGUGAGAGGUGCAACUUUGCCUGGGGCUUGGAGGGGUGUCCUCUACUACCUGAAACCUGACUGGCAGAAACUCCUGGCCACUGAGGUCUGGGUGGAUGCAGCAGCUCAGAUUUUUUUCUCUCUUGGACCAGGUUUUGGGGUCUUAUUGGCUUACGCCAGCUACAACAAAUUCCAUAACAACUGCUACCAAGAUGCUCUGGUUACCAGUACCGUGAACUGCAUGACUAGUUUUGUGUCUGGAUUUGUCAUUUUCACUGUGCUGGGAUACAUGGCUGAGAUGAGGAAUGAAGAUGUGUCCGAGGUUGCCAAAGACACUGGACCCAGCCUUCUCUUCAUUACUUAUGCUGAGGCCAUUGCAAACAUGCCUGCUUCCACUUUCUUUGCCAUCAUCUUUUUCCUGAUGUUACUCACGCUGGGAUUAGACAGCACGUUUGCAGGACUAGAGGGAGUGAUCACUGGAGUACUGGAUGAAUUCCCACAUGUCUGGAGCAAACGCAGGGAAUUGUUUGUCCUUGGUCUGAUCAUCAUUUGCUUUAUGGGGUCCUUAGCAACUUUGACAUUUGGAGGUGCCUAUGUGGUGAAGCUGUUUGAAGAGUAUGCCACGGGCCCGGCAGUCCUAACCAUCGUGUUUCUGGAAGCGGUUGCUGUGGCCUGGUUCUAUGGAAUCACCCAGUUUUGCAAUGAUGUGAAGGAAAUGCUGGGCUUUACCCCAGGCUGGUACUGGAGACUUUGCUGGGUAGCAAUUAGUCCUGUCUUCCUUCUGUUUGUCACUUGCAGCUUCCUGUCCAACCCUCCUGAGCUACGGCUGUUUGAUUACAGUUAUCCCUACUGGACCACAGUAGUGGGUUAUUGCAUAGGAACCUCUUCUAUCAUCUGCAUUCCAAUCUACAUGGUUUAUCGGCUGAUCAUCACUCCAGGAACGCUUAAGGAGCGUAUCCUGAAGAGCAUCACUCCAGAAACAGCUACAGAAAUUCCUUUUGGAGACAUCCGCAUGAAUGCAGUAUAAGCUAACCUGCUUUCUGGGGGAGAGGGGGGUGAAGCAUAAAAAGCACUUUCCCCAUCCUCUCCCCUCCCCAAAGAAUUACAUUCCCAGUUGAAACAACAGACAGAGGAAUUUUCUGUGGAGGCUGCACCACUGACAACAGACAUUUGGAAACACAAUGCCUCCAGCACAUUUAUUCAAGCAAUUCAAGGAAAUCUACUGUGCACUUCUAAGCAGACUGGACUUGGCUGAGAGCUGAAUCGUUCUGGAACCACCAGGAUGUCUGUGUGCAUAACAACAGCACUACCCCACGUGUGGGCAUGGGGCUGCGUGUGUAGGACGAGCAGGGCUGAGUGAGGUUGACUGUAGGUGCCCUGUGGCAGUGCUCCUGUAUCUCCCUCAAUGUGAUUGUUCGUACUGGGCAAUGUCGUAUCCGCUUCUAAGGUUCUAACUGCUUCAAGUACAUGGAAAAACCCAAGAGUGUUUCUGACAGCCAUAAAGGGGUUUAUACAGUAGAAACACAAAUAGUCAAUUCCCUAGGUUUGUAGAGGAGUAGCAGAGGAAGAGGAAACCACCCUGAGCAGCACUAUACACAGCUCUGCAGACAUUAGUGCACACAUUUGGUAACAUCAUACUCCUCCUCCUCUUCCUCAUUUCCUGCAUUUUGUAGAUGGUAGAAGUUUGUAUUAGUUGUUUCUUGCCCAACAAAUACUACCAAAGCAGCUUUCAUAAUGUUGCAAGCUUCCCUUUUCUUUAGACCCACUCAUGCCACAAAACCUCAUCAUGGCUUACUUGACAAGUACUCAAGUUGCUGGCACUUACUGUACUGUUUUCAUAACCAAGCCAGACAGUUACAAAAUCAUUGUCCUGACAGACCAAAAGUACCCAAAGAAACUACAGACUAAGAGGCCAGAAGGUGGAAUCCUGAAGAUCUGCUUUUCUGCUUUGAUUUUGUUUGGUGGUUUGGUUGGUUGGUUUUGCUUUGUUGUUUGGUUGGUCAGGUUUUGUUUGUUUCAAUUUGUAAAUAAUUUCACACCUAAAAUUUGCUGCAGCUUGUGGCUUUUUCCGUCCUUUCCCAGUACAGAACUAAAGUAUAGAGUAAUCCUUUUGGCUGGCUGCCAAAGGUAUGGUUAACAAGCUACACAAACCUGCUUUGAAGCUUUAUUAGCUUGUAUUCUGAUGUGAAUGCAUUUGGAUUUCACCCUGAAGAAGAUGGGGAAUUUAAUUUUUUUUAAAGGAGUUCAGCAGGAUUGGUUCUCAUCAGAACUAUAUAUAUUAAAUGAUAUGCAAAUUAACCUCCAUGCACAUACUAAUCUCUUUAUAUUACAUGCAUACACAGGCUCUCCUACUAUAACUGCCCCUCAGACUGACUGCAGCUGCCAAGUCAGUUGAAGGACACCAGUUCUGCUGCAGUUACAUGGAAGCGCAGAUAAAGCUAAGCAGGCAUCACUUAGGUAAAAAAAAACACAACCACACAGAGGGUAAGAAAAGUAAAACAAAAUAGAGGAUAAAAAAGUCUCUUGUAUCUCAUGUUCUACUUAGGUCAUGUACUGCUAACAUUAACAAGGUUAUGUGCAUUUGUAGCAGCAAGCGCGAAGAAACCUGCUGAAGGGUUUAGGCUGGUACAAAGAACUUGUGGGAUCAGAGGAAAGCAGGGAUGGUGUUUGCCUUUGGAAAACAUUUUCAUCACUUCCACCAAGGUUUCUUCUCCCUACAGUGAGCAGACACCUCAUGGAGAAAGGUUGUAGCUGCUUUAGCUCUUAGCUGUAGCUAUUGACCUGACCUCACUUCACAUUAGGUCUCAGGACCAAUGAGGAAAUAACAUAAAGAGACAAGAACUGUUGUGGAACUACAAACAAAAGACUGCCAGGCUGCUUUUAAAAAAGGAAUCUGUUCUUUCAUUGCCACCAGGAAAAAAAAACACAAUAAAUCCGUUUUACUGGGAGGUUACUCCUAAGAAGUAGUUUUGUAGCUUGGCCCUUGAGUAUAUUUGAAAACUAAUUCCAAAUUUGCCUUCACUGUGAGGAAAAGAGAAAGAGGUUGGGAAUACUUUUAAUGAUGGAAAGCCAUUUAGUUAAGUUACCAAGCUGAAAAUUACUGAUUUUUAAAUAAAGAAAAUGUCCUCUUCUGAAUUCAUUGAAAAAAUGUAUGUUGAAGCAUCAAUGUCAGAUGAAUAAGAUGGAUCCAGUAUCAAGUGUGGGAAAUAAAGGAGAAAUCCUACCCAGCUUCUCCCUUCUUCAGACUGGUGCUUAACUAACGCUAGGUAUUUUCCCUCCUAAACAGGUCAUUUUAAAGAGAUGCAGCUUACAAAUGGAAUUUCUUGACAGAUUUGAUAGCUUCAUGCUAGGCCUAUUUAAAAAAAAAAACAAAAACACACACACACAAAAAAACCCAGCAAAACAAAACCAAGACCAAGAGACCAAAACCCCCACCCUUGACUUCCCCAAACAACCCAAAACUUAACACAUUUUUGGUCAUUUACCAUACAUCCACUUGCAAAAGCCUCUUUAAAUAGUCAGUCUGUUGCCUUUUAUUAGGAAGGGCAAGGAGAGGUGACAGAAAUGGCUGAAUUAAAGAGAAGAUUUAUCCAUAUCAAACCAAGUGUUUCUCUUUCAGCCUUUGCAAACAAACUAGGGCCAUUAUUUCUGCUGCAGGAAUAAUUUGCAGAAUAGUAAUUGCAGGAAUCAUUGCUACUCAGAGUGCAGUAUCACCGAUGUUCAUCUUUGAUAAUGGCAUUUUGUAACGGCAGAAGAUGCACCUUUCAUCUGUAUUCUUCCAAGACACUAAUGCACAAUGGCAUUGCCUCUCUGGGUGGUUUGACCAUGGAAAGCUGAGUAACUUCCCAAGAAAUGUGUUUCCUAGUGGACAAGAAGUCAGCCGAGAAUCACUGACACUGAUAGAAGCUCUGCAAUGGUCAAUGUAAAAUAGGAAAAGGUCUCUCAGCUCCAAUUUCUCAGCUGAAAAAUGGGAAUUAGAGAGUCAGAGCAGAUGUACUAACAGAGGGUGAAGGUUUGUAAACAUAGCUGAAGAUGUAAGAAGGAAUGUAGAUAUGCAAAGUCACAGGAGACAGGCCAGAAUAUCAUUUGUGGUGUUAAGACCUUUGCUCUUUUCAGUCUGAGGACUUAGGGGACCAGGGGCCAAGGAAGACAUCCAGAAAUGGAUUAUAAAGGCUUUCCUUUACCUGAAUAAUACAAAGAUAAAAUAUAUCCAUGUUCUCAUUCUAUGAAAGCUGAACUUGCAAGGCAAUUUAGUCCUCAGUGGGCUUUUCCAACAUGACACACUGGUUUGAAUCUUUCUAAUCUGAAGUUCAUUUUUAGUACCUCUAGCUGGGGGAUCAAAAUACUGGGAAAAUUCUUUUCUUUUAUAAUUGAUUUUUUUUCUUCCUUUUACAUAUCCAUCUCAAAACAUUUAGUGUAACCAGUAUGCAUCAGGUAGCUCAGUAAGUAACCAUACAAUGAACAAUGGCUUUGUACAGAAUGCAGUGCUAUUGAUACCAAAUAGGCUGCACUGCAAUUAAAAGUGGCUUGAGGUAAAGAAAGGAAUUCCCUCUCUUCAGCUCAUCUUCAACUUCUCUAUCACAUGAGUAGAUCCUGCCCUCUAUUCUGCACAGUGAAAAGGAAGUUAGGAAACUGAUAAAUCAGGACCACGUUUGCCUUCUAAGCAGAGAGUUUUAGCUGUACAGAACUAAGUAUUCCCUCCAAGUUGUACAUGAUGGCACCUGUAUUAAUUUAUGCAGCUGUUUAGUUACAAGUGUUGCAAGCUGAUUGUAAGUCAUCAAUAUGUGCCUUGUACUGUAAAAUGUUAUUGUAAUAAAUUUAAUAUUCAUAAUCCA